UCCCAUGGCGCAAGCGCACAUGGAACGAUACUCAUGAGGGAGUAUUUGGUACACGUUGUAGCGACGGUGGAUGACUCCCACAUGGCUUACAGCUGCAGACUGUGGGUGCGGGUAGAGACCGGUCGAUGCAUGUGUUCCUUCUGCUGAUGAGAGAUCUAGACAGGCUACCCCUGAUCCGGUACCAUUUGAGCGCUUGUUAUGCGCGGCGGAACAAUGUCACUAGCGUUACUGUAUCGAUGUCUUGGCCAGUCCCGGAUGUUGGUGGGGAACCAUCUCACAAAGUCCGCCAGUAAGAAACACCAACAUGCCCCCCCUGACAUCACUAUUCCAACGGUGACACUCAUCAACUCUCAAGAGUCUGUGACAAAUUGUGGGGAAAAUCAAAUCACAGGACACGCAUUUGCUGCCCACUUGCGAAUUGUAGAGAUGUCGGACAGGAAAGAGAAUGCUCUGCCGGAAACAAUGUCGGGAUCCCGCAAUGCAUCUGCGAGAUGUCCGGUGUAGUAUAUUAUAUUUGAGAGCCGAUAGAGUACGAUUCUCAACCGUGCCGCCUCUUCUUUUGACUUGGUAAUCACACGACGACUUCAACGAAACAAAGACGCCACACGCCGCUCAUCAUGGUUGGCCUUACGAAUCGCGACUCCCAUAUGGAGGCAAAACCCAUCGGAUCUUACCCACGCACCGGAAUAGACGUUCUUAUCGUGGGCACUGGCCUUGGAGGGCUCUCUGCAGCUCUGGAGUGCAAGCGCAAAGGCCACGAUGUCCGUGUGCUCGAGCGAAAUGCCGACAUCAACGUUGCUGGUGAUAUGUAUUUCAUGGGGCUGAGCGGGACCCGAUGGUUCAAGCAUUGGCCAGAAAUCCAGCAAAGAUACCAUGAAAUUUCCUUGCACAAUGCUUGGAUCGAAACCUACAAGCACAGCGGCGAGAUUAUGAUCCCACCAAAGAAAGUCUCGGAGCGCCUCCGAGCUGCGGGGCUCGACCCAAAUCUUGCUCCGGGAGAAUUCCAAAUGCGGCCGCUAGUGUACACAAUGUUUGUCGAUGCAGUUGAGAAGGCGGGUAUCAAGAUCGAGUUCAAUCGAAAAGUUGUAGACUACUUCGAGGAUGAAGCACGUGGGAAAGGCGGCUGCAUUAUUGACGACGGCACAAGAUACGAAGCUGACGUUGUAAUUGCUGCCGAUGGUGUGGGCUCCAAGAGUCAGAAGUUGGUUGGUGGUAUUGUGCGAGCUGAAUCUUCGGGACGAGCCAUGUGGCGAGCUUCUUUUCCGAAGGAGCACCUGGAUAAAAAUCCUGAGGUGAAGGAGUUCUUCAGAAUGCAACCUGGCAAUGAACCUAUCGUCAGGACCUUCCUCGGGCCAUCCACAUAUGCUCUAACGCUUUCGCGCGAAGAUGUGAUGGUAUGGAUUAUGAACCACGAUGUCACUGGCUCCGAAGAAGAGAACUGGAACCACACUAUCGACGCAGAAGAAGUACUGCAAGGAAUUGAUGACUUGCCAGGAAAAUGGUGCAACAUCUUCAAGGAGUUGGUGAGAAUAACACCUCCAAACACAAUCGUCAACUUCCCGCUUUACUGGCGCAACCCACAGCCUACCUGGGCGUCACCCGCCGCACGAGUGAUUCAAGUGGGUGACUGCGCACAUUCCUACCUUCCAUCAUCCGGAAAUGGUGCAACACAGGCUAUCGAAGAUUCCAUCUCUUUGGCCUCAUGCCUGCAGCUUGGAGGUAGCAAGGAAAGCAUUCCAGAGGCUGUGCGGACGCAUAUCCGUUUCCGUUUCAUUCGAAACGCUUGCGCGCAAAAGAUGGGCUUGUACAACGCCGAGCUCUUGCAGUCGACAGAUUGGGACAAGGUCAAACUAGACCCACGACGGGCUGCUCCCAAACAUCCCAAGUGGAUCUGGGAACAUGACCCUGAGGCCUAUGUUUAUGAAAACUACGACAAGGCGGUUGUGAGCAUGAGGAAAGGUGUCAGGAUGGAAGAUGAGACUAGUUUUGAGCCAAACUAUCCCAAAGGUUACAAGUACGUGCCGUGGGAUGCUUAUAAGAUCAUGGAGGACAUGAGGAAUGGCGUCAGCUUGGAGUUGAAGCCAGGCAAUUGGGACUAG